AUGAGCGGACGAGGAAAAACUAGCGGCAAGGCUCGGUCCAAGGCCAAGUCUCGCUCCUCCCGAGCCGGACUUCAGUUCCCGGUAGGCCGUGUUCACAGGCUUCUGAGAAAGGGCAACUAUGCUGAGCGGGUGGGUGCCGGAGCCCCGGUCUAUCUUGCUGCUGUGCUCGAGUAUCUGACGGCUGAAAUCCUCGAACUGGCCGGCAAUGCGGCCCGGGACAACAAAAAGACCCGCAUCAUCCCCAGGCAUCUGCAGCUGGCCGUCCGCAACGACGAGGAGCUCAACAAGCUGCUGGGAGGGGUGACCAUAGCUCAGGGCGGGGUGCUGCCCAACAUCCAGGCCGUGUUGUUGCCCAAGAAAACCGGCGGAGCCAGCAAAGGAAAACUUGUGCUGGGAACUGUCGUGAAGAUGAGCGGACGAGGGAAAACCAGCGGCAAAGCUCGGUCCAAGGCCAAGUCUCGCUCCUCCCGGGCAGGACUGCAGUUCCCGGUAGGCCGUGUUCACAGGCUCCUGAGAAAGGGUAACUAUGCUGAGCGGGUGGGUGCCGGAGCCCCGGUCUAUCUGGCUGCUGUGCUCGAGUAUCUGACGGCUGAAAUCCUUGAACUGGCCGGCAACGCGGCCCGGGACAACAAAAAGACCCGCAUCAUUCCCAGGCAUCUGCAGCUGGCCGUCCGCAACGACGAGGAGCUCAACAAGCUGUUGGGAGGGGUGACCAUCGCUCAGGGCGGGGUGCUGCCCAACAUCCAGGCCGUGUUGUUGCCCAAGAAAACCGGCGGAGCCAGCAAGUGAAGAGACAGAAUCUGAACCCAGUGAACCAAAGGCUCUUUUCAGAGCCACUCACAGUAUCUGUGAAAGGGCUGCUUUGCGGAUACCUUAAGCGCGGGGGAAAGGGCUCUUGUUCGGAUUAGAUUGUUGUACUAAUUAGCAGGUAGGGUGCAUUGAAAUUCCUGACUGGUGCGAAACGCAACUCACAGGUUUACGCUGGGUGCACAGUCUGAAAUGUCGGAGCAGGGACGUCCGCCGACUGUUGGGAGUUGAAUGUCUGCCCCGAUCGCGUCUAGAGCCCCAGCGCUGCGAUCGGCUUCAUAUCCGUUAUCGAAUUCAAGCAGCCGCCCGUCGGGUUUAAAAUCAUCCGUACCCCGAUACCGAUCUGUGACUGGCGGUCGGAUUUCAGGCGGUCCGAAAUGAUUGGCUGCUAGUUUUCUUUAUAAAUAACCUUCAUGAGAAUGUUACUUUGAGGGAGUUACUUCUGCGGAACAGUUUAAGUAUUAUAACUUUAAUUGCAUUUCUUUUUAGCAUUUUCUAAACUCUAGCUACUGUAAUGAUGAAAGUACGGAUA